UCUGGAACGAAAUUCCGCUUUCACCCUCCAAGGUCUCCCGCUUUCCUCUCUUCUCCUAAAAAGGCAAGUGAUUUAUCUUGGGGAAACGAAAGCUUGGCAUCGAAAUUGAAGUCUACGAGUUUUUUGGCAGAGAUGGUUUUCUUGUCCUGGGCUAAGCCUUCUCCUCAAGAGCAGAAGGAUUGCUUGAACAAGUUAGGUGCCUUCAACUAUAACCCAAAGUACAGGGGAGCUACUGCUAAACCUGUAUCUUCCCUUAAAGAAGACCAUCAGUUCUCAGAAGAUGGCUUCUUACUAAACCAUGCCCGUGUGUUAGUUGGUUCUGGUCUUGAGACUUUUGAUAAGGGAAAGUUAGCUCUUCAAACUUGGAGGCAUUUUGGAUUAACUUGGGCAUUUGUUGAUCCCAAGACUCCCAUUCAGACUGGAGUGAAAUUCUGUGUUUGUUUAAAGCAGUUUCUGCCAUGGGUCAUGAUGCCUCUUCAGGUGGUUUAUGUUAAAGAAAGUAAAAAGUCUAAGAAAGCCAUGGCUUCAUUUUCUUUUGGCAGUGGUACUCUUCAAGGUCACCUGUUGGCUGGGGAAGAGCGUUUUUCAAUUGAAAUGGAUGAGAAUAAUCAGGUGUGGUAUGAGGUGCAGAAGAAUAUAUAGGAAAGCCGAGGUCAAAACAAUUGCAGAAUUUGGGUUGCACCUGCAGGGCACUGGAAAGAAGCCAUUGCUGAUGUUGUGGGCAAUUGCAAAGAUGACAGACUUAUGAGCCAAGUCUUACUAAUUGGUAUUUCUAAGAAAUAAAUAUAUCCUUCAACAUAUUGAUACUAAUUCCUGCGCUUUUGCCAAUUGAUAUUCUGCAGAUCCUAAAGAUUAAUCAGAAUUUUUUUUCUUUUAAUUUAUCAGAAGGAUUAAUCAGAUUUCCGCAUUGAGUAGUUAUCUUGUAAUAUUCUUGUUGCUCUGGUUCCCUUAGUGAAUCAUGUCAUUUACAUUUCCAGUAAGAUGUGAUAAAUUUCAAUGUCUUCAAUUUAUUGUUAA